CGCGCAUGCGCAACAGCCACACACGUUGUUUUGGAAGUUGUUAACGCAAAAAACGUAGCUACAUAUUUCCGUGUUUUAAUAGAUUGACCAACUCUUUACGUGUUUUAUCGUUGUUUCGCAUGUGUUUCCUAUUUUGGAGUAUCAUUACCUGUUAUUAGCUGUUGCUAAAUCUAGUUGACAGGGAAGCUGAAGUUUAAAGAAAGCUAACUAGCCUGAUAGCUUAGCCCUGUGCAGCGACAGCAUGGCAGCUGUACUGGGGCUGAUAGCUGGGAGCUACGAGCAGGUCACCUUUGGGUACAGAGUUAACACUGAUGAACCAGAGUGGACAGCGAAGGCAGAGUUCACUCAUCACGCCCACACAGCGUCUAUAUCAGCCGCAGCAGCCAGCGAGAGGUUUGUGGUCACAGGAAGCAAAGAUGAGACCAUCCAGCUGUACGACAUGAAGAAGAAGAUCGAACACGGAGCCCUGCUGCAUCACGAUGGCACCAUCUCCUGCCUGGAGUUUUACGGGACGUCUCAUUUACUGAGCGGAGGAGAGGAUGGACUCAUCUGUGUUUGGGGCACGAAGAAGUGGGAUUGUCUGAAAUCCAUCAAAGCUCACCAAGGUCAGGUCACGUCGCUGUCCGUCCAUCCGUCUGGAAAAAUUGCACUUUCAGUCGGGACAGAUAAAACUCUCAGAACAUGGAAUCUAACAAACGGAAGAUCGGCCUUCAUCAAAAACAUAAAACGGAACGCACACAUAGUCCGAUGGUCUCCUGAUGGGGAUAAAUAUGUGGUCGUGGUGAACGACGAGGUGAACAUCUACGACCUGGAGACCGCCUCUGUGACGGCAACCAUGAAAAACCCCAAAAGGAUUUCAUCUGUGAAGUUCUUAAAUGUGAGUUAUCUGACGAGAAAAAAAUGA